AUGCAAUGUGUAGCCAGUGGCGACGCGAAAAUUUGCCGAAAUGCCGAAACACGGAAAGUACCGGAUGGAAAAGCAAAGGCACAUUUUGAUCAGGAAGAGGCCAAGCGCAGCGAGAAGGCAAAGGAGAGGGCAGCAAAGGAUGCACAGAAGGCCGUGGAUGAGGCCAUCCGUACUGCGCACAUUCACGAGGACACUGUGUCGAAGAAUUUUGAGAAGCCCCUGUCGUCCUACAAACGCAAGGACGACCUCAUCACAGUAGCUGGGGCCUUGCAACUGUCAACCACUGGGACGGUCAAGGAACUCCUCACUAGGAUCAAGACAUACCUGGAUGAGCAUGGGGAGCUGGCAGGCCAGCCUCGCUUUGCUGGAUUAUUUGGCCAUCGCGCCCCAAACAUGUCUUCCUCUGCAAGUGGGUCUGGCUCUUCUUCUGCCAUCUCUUUGCCUUCACCCCACUCUCCCGCUUUCCCCUCAGCACAAUCGGUGGUGUACCCGCAUGCAUACACCCCCCAGCUCCUCCCCCAAAUUACUCAGCAAUACUCCUCCUCAUACAUGUCCUCCCAUGUGCCCCCCUGA